CCAACUUUACCGAGGAGAAUGAACUGAGUCACGUAUGUGGUCUGAUGACAGAGAGGGAGAGAGGGAAAUAAGAACGUUUGCGCAGCAACCAAUAAUAGUCUACCAGUCUCCAAGAGUUUGAUUUCACUUCUCAUUCCAAAACCAACACGAGAUACAACAGUUUGUUAAACCCAAGUAUUUCAACGAGAUUCCAUUCUCAUUUCCUCGGUUACCAGUGAAGUCAACAACAGUCGCAAAUAUACCUGUAUCGUAUCCCUGGGGAAUUGGAUUGCUGGAAUCACUACAUGCCUUAGCAGGACUUUAUCAUCUUGAUAUUUAAUUGAAAGUGAUGAACUAAUCAGGACAAAAAUUAUUAUUAAAUAUAAGUUUAAUAACUGUAAUCAAGUUCUUGUUUCUUGUGUUAUCACCAAUUAGCAAGUCUGGAAAUCUUGUUACCUUGGUGAUGAGGAUACAACUUCUUCAAAGGACUUUAUAGGCAGCAUCGUCAUAAUUAUGGAGAACUCAACAGCAAUCAUGUCAUCUUCGGUUGAUGAUUUGACAACAGAGAUACCAGCUCACAAGGAACUGGCUGGUCACACUCAGUUUAUCAUCAUUUCUGUCUGUUACAUCAUCAUCUGUGUCUUCGGCAUCGCUGGCAACUCGAUGGUCAUCGCCGCUGUCGCACUCUGUCGGAAACUCCAGACACCGACCAACGUGUUCGUGGUCAGUCUAGCCAUCACCGACCUGCUUUCUUGUUUGACCCUCCCAUUUCAGGUGGUCAUGUUUCUGAGCCGCGAUGACAGCACGCGUCUUCCCAACGGACUAUGUGCCUUCAUCGGAGCUAUCAGCAUCAUCUGUUUGGUUGGGAGCAUCUUAACAUUAGCUCUGAUAGCAUUCAACCGAUGUUUUCUCAUCACACAACCAAGGAAGAGAUAUUCUUGGCUCUACACCACGAAGAAAUUAUUCGCAAUGACUGCCAUGGCUUGGUUGUACCCAACCUUCAUUCUCGUCUUGCCCCAAGCCCUAGGUGUCGGCCAGCUUGGUUACUCACCUUCCUAUCGAGCCUGUCUAUGGAAUGAAUCUCAUCCAUACGCAUUUGUGAACGAUAUCUUGGUUGCUAUCACUUUCUUAUUCACAUUCAUAAUCAUUCUCUUCUGCUACAUCAAAAUCUGGAUCUAUAUCCGGCACCACGUUCGUCGGCUGCGAACCCACACAUCUUCAAAAGUUCCCGCCAAUGAACCAAGCAACCUUGAUGACAUGAGCAGUACUCAGGAACACCACACGGAUACCAGUGCAGGUCCGAGUCAAGGACAUGGCCACACCCAUGGUAAUGGAGGUUGCAAGGUGGAAAAGAAGAAACGAAUUAAAGCAGUUAGCACACGUGAGAUUGAGAUAACCAAGAACCUCUUCUACGUUGUUUGUGCAUUUUUUAUGUGUAUCAUCCCGUAUACCAUCACGCUUGUACUUCCAGUAGAUCCAAUCUUAGAUCUUCUAGUUCUUUACGCAAGUAUCCCACUUGUCUUCAAUGGCUGCGUAAACCCUAUAAUAUACGCAUACAAGCACCCUACUAUGAAAGUGGUGUUUAGAUAUAUCAUCAAGUGUCAAAUAGCUUCGAUCCCUAAACCUUCGAAAUGCCUCCGCCGUGCGCUGAGCCUACAUCAGAACUCUGAGGUGAGAGGGGAGGGGCAGAUCAAGACAAUUCAUCAAAGAGAUGGUCAUCCUUCGUUUUGUAGUUUGAAGAGGGAAUCGUUCAUGAGACAAAACUCGAACAACCCAUCUUCAAGAUCGCUUGGUAGCCUCAAUAAGCACGAUGUAUCACCAAACAGACAAAAUUCAGCCAAUGCCUCCACGAGAUCAAUUGGUAGCCUCAGUAAGCACGAUAAAUCACAGAGCAGACACAACUCAGUUGGUAGUUACAAAGGAAUCAAUCGCUAACACAUCCACUCCUCCAUGGAAUCGAGACUUUUUAACUUAUUGAUAAAUAUUUGAAAUUAGCAUUCUAUGAUGUAACCACAUGAUGAUACAGACUGAGUGCAUUUUGCAGAAUGACGAUGCUUACAAGAUAGUGUCUGGUGCCAUUAUUCUGUUUUAAAGACAUUAAUGAAUGAAACAAAAAUCAUGAAAAAGUAGGAUCUUCAACAGUACUGAUUUUGAAUGUUUUUGAAGCAGAGUGUAACUCUGGAUUAAACUUGUGAGUGCCUCGCAUGAAAACGCGAGGUCAGUAAUACUGGUCGUAUGAAGUAGCCCAUGACGACAUCAAAAUAAUUGAUUGUAAAUAGGACUGAUUUGUUGUUGAAUAUAAUUCAAAGGGCACCAAUGUCAUGACUUUUCAAAAAAAAUUGAUACGAUUUCUGUCGACAAACUUUCUAUGGAAGCGUUGUGAUCCAGAUGAGAAGGCCAUAGACUGUCAUGUUAGUAUUGAUUCGUGAAUUGCAUUCGUGGUUGAAGCAAAUUAAAAAUCACAGUAGAAACUGUCUAAAUGUUAAAGUUACAUCUUAAUGAUAGUUAUUUGACUUUGUUCCUACGAUGGAGUUAUCAUUUGAUAAUUUGGGUACCAAUCUUCAUACAUCACAAUGAUCCAGCCUGCCUUUCUAAACUAGACACAUAACCUGCUCUAAAAUGUCUAAUUGUAGCAUUCUUUAGACCCACUGAUUGUAUGAUUGUAUUUUUCUUUGGGCCUGCCUGAUAUUGCCAUUAUAAAAUGAUGAAAAGCGGCCAAUAUGCGCCAUCAUAGAAAAAUAGUCGUCCUAUAGUUAUUUUUCAAGUUGUUCUUAAAAAUGGUAUGUUUCUGAAAUAUUAUGGGACUUUCUUUAUUAAUUGACUAUUUUUGUAGUAAAAUCGCAAUCAGAUUAGGCACAGUUGGACCCAAGAUAGAUAAAAUCGAAGACAAUUUGCACUUAAAAUUUUGUAUCGGAACACAUUGGAAAAAUUGCAUAUAUUCAUAAUUCAUCAUGUUCAGAAGUAAAGGUAUUGCAUCAUUGAGAUUAAAAACUUGAGGCUAAAACUGGCGCUAUUCCACUAGGUCACUAUGAUCGCAUGCGGGCUGUUCUUUUACAGGAAGUUGAUCUCAUAGUUCCCUUGACAUAUGUACUUUUUAGAUAAUGCAUAAUUAAUCUACAGUAAGUUGUUUGUUUGUUUUAACUCCGUUUAAGUCGUUCAUGACACGAGCAUAGUGGUUUAAUCUUUAUCAUGUUCCUUCCUCCAAUCUUGUUUACUAUACUGUGUGAAACACAAACAAGCUACCACGACAUUCGCGUGAUAAUGCCAGUCAAUGUCAUUUCCAAUUGUUUAUGCACGUUUACUUUUCGGUUUUCAAUCCUGUAAGCGAUGAUUAACGUGUAAUCAUUGGUAAACUAUGUCACCGAAAACGUGAUAUUACAACUUUCCCAUGCAGAUUUGGAGCCCGAUGUUUAACUAGCCAACACCCCUUGCCCGGUCCGCUUCGUAAUUAACUGCCAAACAAGUUAAGAACACGAUUUGUAACGAUUUCUUUGGUGGUUUUCAAAAGAAUUAUCAUUUAACAUGUAUCCCUAUACUUUCAUUUUAAAACCAACAGUUGGUAUUUUGAAGACAACACAUAAGCUUGAAAAUAAAUUGGAAAAAUUUACCAAGAGUACAAACAACGAUGAAAUCGAAUUACUGUGUUUACAGAUCAUUUUUUUAUUGAUUGAGAUGAUAUACAAUCCCAGGGAUGAUACCCUGGUAUAUUGCAUUCUCAAGCGAUGGUAAUUUCAUAUUUCCUGGUACUUUUUUAAUUGCUAAAUUUCUAAUCUCCCAGUACACGUAUUAUAGUUUUACUCUUCGUUUUCAGUUUCCUCAAAUGAAUGGGGCUUUCUACCAAUCCAGGAAUGGAACAAGCAUGACUGAGACAGUUGUCGCAAUUCGAUGACUAUCUUUUUCACAAACUGGCCAUGGACCUUGGUAGGGUCUAUGGUCUGGUUUAUCAAUAGCCAUUCAUGAAAAUUACAGGCUUGGUAUUCGAUUUCGAUAGCUUUAUUGUUCUGCGUUUUGGGAAAGAAUCGCUUUCCAGUUAAAAUGACGCGGUGGGGGUAAAAACAGCAUUAUCCGUGCUUUCUAACGUCAAGUUUAUUUUUCUCCAAUCCUUUGUGUGACAUGCUUAGAAAAGUUUAUUUUCAUGGUUAAUAUUUUGAGGUAGGAAACGGCUCCAAUUUUUAUCUUAUAUAGUUUUCAAGGGGAAAAAAAGUAACGGUUCUAAGGUUGCCAAGAAAUUGAAAUAUUUGUUGCUUUAUAAAGAUUAGCUAAAUUCUUGUCAAAGCUUUUAUAGGAAUGUGAGUUACGAAACAAAUACAGUCACACUGGGUAAACAGACUCCAGACCCACCAGAUUAUUAAGGCAUCAAUCCUAACACACCUUCGGUCAGGUAGGGAAUUCCGUCAUGUUGGUGUGACUCAAGAAUUAUAGUUUUUUUUUCAAGAUCGGAAACUUAAAAAAUAUGUUUGAUGCAUUAAUUGACCCACAACAUAAUGCAUGAUGUAAUUCUUAAUAUAAUGCUACAUACAUUCAAAACAACAAAAGAGAUCCCAACCGAAAAUAAUAUUUUUUGACGGUCUGGGGCCCUUGGCACAAGGCUUAGCAAUGAUCGUAGAACAUUUUUCCACGAUUUAUUGCAUUGAAUACAGUGUACAAUCAAUUGUGGAAAUCAAGCGUACGAUCAAUCGUUAACAUUUGUGUUACGGGAUCUAGGAGUAGGUUUCACCGCCAUGGGCGGAAAUCCCAGGGGGACGCGUCCCACCUACCCAAAAUAGAAGGUGGGCGCAAUAUCGAAUGUCCCACCUACUAUUUUUGGUCUUUUAUGGUGGAAAGAAAUACAUAAUUCAAAAUUGAAAUGAAAAAUGUAUUUUUGACGAG